AUGACUUCAAAACUUCUUUGGGUGUUCUUCGUACUUGCUACAUUAACACUUUCAGCUACAUUUUCUCUGCACCCAGACCAGCAAAAGGUUCUGCUAGUUUCAUUUGAUGGAUUCCGCUGGGAUUACUUAAAUAAAGUUCCAACACCCCAUUUUCACUAUGUUAUGAAACAUGGUGUUCAUGUGAAGCAGGUCACUAAUAUUUUUAUUACAAAGACAUACCCUAACUUUUAUACUAUGGUAACUGGCCUCUUUGCAGAGAGUCAUGGGAUUGUUUCAAAUGACAUGUUUGAUCCUAUUCUGAACAAGUCUUUCUCCCUGGAUCACAUGAAUAUUUAUGAUUCUGAGUUUUGGGAAGAAGCAACGCCAAUAUGGAUCACAAAUCAAAGGUCAGGACAUACUAGCGGUGCAGCAAUGUGGCCUGGAACAGAUGUGAAAAUACACAACAGCUUUCCUACAUACUACAUGCCUUACAAUGAAUCUGUUUCGUUUGAAGAUAGAGUUGCCAAAAUUAUUGAAUGGUUUACAUCAAAAGAGCCUAUUAAUCUUGGUCUUCUCUAUUGGGAGGAACCAGAUGACAUGGGCCACCACUUGGGACCUGACAGCCCACUCAUGGGACCUGUCAUUUCAGAUAUUGACAACAAGCUAGGAUAUCUCAUUAAAAUGUUAAAAAAGGCAAAGUUGUGGAACACCCUGAACCUAAUCAUCACAAGUGACCACGGAAUGACACAGUGUUCUGAGGAAAGAAUAAUAGAACUUGACCAGUAUCUGGAUAAAGACCACUAUAUCCUGAUUGACCAAUCUCCGGUAGCAGCCAUCUUGCCAAAAGAAGGUAAAUUUGAUGAAAUUUAUGAAGCUCUAGCUCACGCUCACCCUAAUCUUACUGUUUACAAAAAAGAAGAGAUUCCAGAAAGAUGGCAUUACAGAUACAAUAGUCGAAUUCAACCAAUCAUAGCAGUGGCUGACGAAGGGUGGAAUAUUUUACAGAAUAAAUCAGAUGACUUUCCGUUAGGUAACCAUGGUUAUGAUAAUGCAUUAUCAGAAAUGCAUCCAAUAUUUUUAGCUCACGGUCCUGCCUUCAGAAGGAAUUUCAAGAAAGAAUCCAUGAAUUCCACAGAUCUGUACCCACUGUUAUGCCACCUCCUCAAUAUUACCACCAUGCCACACAAUGGAUCAUUCCAGAAUGUUCAGGAACUGCUCAAUUCAGCAUCUCCAAGAACAACUCCUCAUGUGAAGAGUACUGCAAUUUUCCAUGGUAGUAUCAAACCAAGAGGAUAUGAACAAGAGUCAUAUGCUUAUUUCAUAGGGGUCUCUCUUGGUAGCAUUAUAGUUAUCGUCUUUUUAGUGAUUUUCAUUAAACAUUUAAUUCACAGCCAAACACCUGACUUACAAGAUAUGCAGGCUGAAAUAGCUCAACCAUUACUACAUGCCUAA